AUGGGAUACGCGCUUACAGGCGCUUUUGUUAUUGGAGUCGCUGCUUAUGCUGGCUAUCGUGCUGCUUCACCACAAAAAUAUAUUAUUCCAAAUCGUCAUCCAGAAUCGAAUGAUCAAAGUGGAAACAAUAUUCAUGUCUUAACAGGCGAUGCGAUUACGUGUUGUGUCUCCGAGAGGUAAAUUGACGAGUUAAAUCUUGAAAAUUUCGUUUUCUUUUCCUUAGUAGUGGAAGAGAUUAUGUAAUUAUUGUUUUCAUGCAGAUAAUUAUAGCUUCGGUACUAGAGUGAAGUAGGGCGAUUAUGUAAAAUUUUUCGUCGAGCUCUUCAGUAUUUAUCAAAGAACUUUUUUAAUUUUGAUGAUUUUUGUGCACGGUGCAGUCAUGUAAUUGAGACUCUUAGCUAUCUACCUGUGAAAAAUUGUCAAAAAAUACCUUCGCAAUAACGAUCUUCCAAAGAAUUUACAGAUUCGCCCCAGUUGGGAUGAAUCUGUAAAACACAUAGCUUCCGUUGGGGUGAUUCUGUAAUCAUCGCUAAAAUAAACGGUACAUUCCAGUUUUCGUAAAGGGUAAUUAUCUUCAUUAUGAUUAGUGUAGGUAGGGGGAUUUUUAUAUCAUCGGAUCCCUCAUAAUCUCAACAAUACGCUGAAAUAAAUCUCCAACUUUUCGGAUGAAAAAUGACUGCGAUCCUCUUGGCUCAGCUGACACGGGUCAAAACAUCAAAUUACACAAUCACCCCAUGCAUGGGGUGAUUGUGUAAUUUGAUGUUUUGACCCGUGUCAGCUGAGCCAAGAGGAUCGCAGUC